AUGCUAAACAAAAGUGUAUUUUCGCGCCAUGAGUUGGAUUGCAUCGGCAUCGAUCUCGCCGGCAUUGUACUCCAAGGACCAGCAGAGCUUGGGACUUUUGAUCUUCGAUCCUGCCGACGCCCGCUGGCUGACGACUUGGACGUUCAACAGACCGUGUUUCGGGUGCUGUCCGCCAAGCAAACGGCGUUUGUGCAUCGGUGUGUGAAAGGCUGUAACACCGACUUAGAUGAUGCGCGCGCAUAUACACACACCCAUGCUGCUCGGACGUUUGGGUCAGGUGUCACAAGCAUCGACCCAACCGGUACUGAUGAUCUUGGAAGCACUCCGAGCAUCGGGUCACCAAGAUUUUUGUCCCAAUAUCUUGAGCUGCUGGCCCCCUCGCCAUCGACGGCUACGUCGUCUUCCUGCCAAUGCGAUCAGCUCCCCUUGCCCCCAUCAACAUGGCCUACAUUUACCCCUGGUCCAACGCUACACGCGGCAGGAUGGGGUCAGCCCCAGAUGACUUCGUCAUCAGUUUUGGUAUCGCCAUACGGGAGUUCCCAGCAGCACAGUUACAGUUCAGGGCACAGUUAUGGGUCUGGGAGCUACAGCACCGCAGGUAGCGAGUAUGAGGGGAAUUAUGGCUACUCCCACGACACCGAGUACAUGGCCCCCUAUGGCUCAGGAUACCAGUAUGACUGCGAUCCCAACCAGGCACAUUACAUGCAGCAGCCCAGCACCGCAUCCGCCAGCGAAGCGGAUCGAGCUGCGACCGGAUCGACCGCCGCCGGCCCCGUCAGGGAAGGCGGCGGCGGCGAGUACAUCACGGGCCUGGUGCAGCGCAGGAUUCACAUCAGCAAGCUCCACGAUCAGACGCAGCACCAAGACGUCAAAAAGCUCCUCGAAAAGGUCAACGGCGUGCUCAAGAUCCAGUUCCAGCAGGCUGACAGCAAGCGCGGCAAAAAGUGCCACGCCCUCGUCACCCUCGUCACUCACGAGGCGGCAACCAACGCCAUCGCCCGCCUCGAGGGGAAGACGCUCAAGGGCCGGGCCAUUGCUGUGCGCCUCGCCGUCGAGCUCCAACGCCCACACCGUCCGCAGCAGCACCACACUUCCACCUUGUCGUCGGGGGGAUAUGCCCCGUCCUCCUCGUCGUCCUACUCCCCCGAGGGCUCCUACUCAAAUGCCUACAGCCAGGACAGCCACAGCGUAUAUUCGAUGGGGGAUAGUGGCGGCGACAGUCACUCCGGGCGUUCCUACCGCCGCCGCGGUAGCCACAAGUCCGGAUCCAAAAAGGACCAACCGAUGGUUGUGGACGGCACCAUAGGAUGA